AAAUAUACAAUAUUUGCCUGUAUAAUUAUCUAAUCAAUUUUCAAGUUUAGAUAUUUAUACAUUUUCAAUAUUUUUGAAUUUGUAAGAUUCAAAAUAAUGUUUAGCUCACGUACAAAACAUUUUUUUAAAUCAAUUGAACAAUCAAAAAUAUGGUUUACAACCUCUAGGAACAUAUCACAUAAAAAUAAUUGUGAGAUUUCUAAAAAGUCGUCUAAAAGUUAUACAAUUGUGAUGGUAAGGCAUGGAGAGAGUGAAUGGAAUAAAAAAAAUUUAUUCUGUGGUUGGUAUGACGCUAGUCUUAGUUGUAAAGGUGUAGAAGAAGCUAUUUCGGCCGGGAAAACUCUAAAACAACGAUGUUACCAGUUUGAUGUCGCUCAUACUUCCGUCUUGAAAAGGGCCCAAGACACUCUGAGUGCCAUUCUAAAUCAAAUAGAUCAAACAAACAUCCCGGUACAAACGACAUGGCGACUGAACGAGCGGCAUUAUGGAGGUCUGACCGGCCUUAACAAGUCAGAGACCGCGGAGAAGUACGGUGAAGAUCAAGUCAAAGUUUGGAGGCGCAGCUUCGAUAUCCCACCCCCUCCAAUGGAGAUUAAUCACCCUCACUACGAUCACAUAAAAAACAACCCAUAUUAUGCAGAAGGUCCAAGCGAGUGUGAAUUCCCAACACACGAAUCUCUAAAAAUGACUAUACACAGAACGCUGCCGUACUGGGAUUGCGUAAUCGUUCCUCAAAUAAAAAAAAAUAAAAGAAUUUUAUUAGCAGCUCAUGGAAAUAGUCUCAGGGGCAUAAUUAAAUAUUUAGACAAUAUCACAGAUAAAGGAAUUAUGGAGUUGAACUUACCAACAGGCAUACCGUUUGAAUAUACGCUUGAUGAGAAUUUAAAACCUCUAGUUUCCAUGAAGUUUUUAGGUGACGACGAAACCGUUAAAAAAGCGAUGGACGCCGUAGCUUCUCAGGGCAAAGCAAAAUAAAAGUUUAUAUAAUAUGUAUAAUACUGAUGUGAAUUACCUGUAAUUUAAGUUAACGCUAUACGUUUUAACGUUGUAGUUAAAAUUUAAAUAACUUUUAAAUUUUAUUCUUAAGUAGCUAUUCUAUACAUAAAUCAAAUAUUAUAAUUUAUAAUACAUUAUUUAUUCACUCCAAGUACUUCAACAAUAGUUCCAAUAUAAUAUAAAACACAAUUUUUGAUUAAUAAAAAAUACAACAAUAUUAAUGUGCCUA